UUUGCAGGGAGAUGGUACCGGGUGGGCCUGGCCUAUGACUCUUCAAGUUUUACCCCCUUCAGAGACAAAGUGAAGGCAUCCAUGGGCAUCAUCACAGCGCUGCCAAACGGCAAUGUUAACCUCACCAUGUGGGACGCCACACCUUUAGGUUGUCUGAGAAAGGUGUACAACUAUGAGAAGACCAGCGUACCUGGACAGUUCACCUACUUCAGCACACGCCAUAACAUGGUGAAGGACAUCACAGUGGUGGACACAAACUAUUCUGAUUACGCCGUGGUUCUCAAACAGAAGGUUUUUAACAGAGAAUACACACAGGUGGCGCUUUACGGUCGCUCUCAAGAGGUCAGAAUUGAUGUAAUUACGAAGUUUAAAGCCUUUGCCUUGUCCCAAGGUUUCCCCAGAGACUCUAUUCUGACCCCACCUCCUGCAGAAAAUUGCCCACCAUCAAGUUCUGGGCGUUAGGUUCUCUGAUGUACCCGAGAUGAUGAUGGCAUGCGUAUCCUGACGUGCUACUCUUUGUUUGCCGGCUCACUUUUUCCCAGCAUUUACUUUGACGCAUGUCGUGCUACAAAGAACUCUCUCUCUCAGCAAACAUCAUCAUUGAGGCUACAAAGAUGAUACAUAGCAAAUAUAGCUGAUGAAAUGUAUUUGUCACACUCUGUUAUGUCAUGUUUUACAUUAUUUUCAAUAGUUUAACAGACAAUAUUUACCUCCAGGCUAUUUAAAUAACUAAAUUCCUAUCACCAACCUUUUCUUGGCUGAUCAGGCAGUUUAAUUGAAUGAAAUUCUGAGUUUUUAAUGUUUACCACCUGCAUGUAAUCAGAUGUGCUGUUUCAAAGUGUUGACAUAGUCAAAUAAACCAUAUUAACCUUGUGUGUGUGUGUGUGUGUGUGUGUGUGUG